AUGCUCCCACAGGUCAUAAGGAUUCUAUAUGUCUUGUCUUUUUGCUUUUUUCAAGGAGGCUUUAUCAGACCGGGCUCCUGUAAGGAGGAGAUAAAGUCCUCUAGUAGGACAGUCCCCUCCUCGCAGUCCCCGUCUGACUUCCUGGACAAGCUCAUGGGGAAAAGGUCUGGCUAUGACGCCCGCAUCAGACCCAACUUCAAAGGUCCGCCUGUGAAUGUCACCUGCAAUAUUUUCAUCAACAGCUUUGGGUCCAUCACGGAAACUACUAUGGACUACAGGCUCAAUGUGUUCCUACGGCAAAAGUGGAACGAUCCCCGUUUGGCUUACCAGGAGUACCCAGACGACUCCUUGGACCUGGAUCCUUCCAUGUUGGACUCCAUCUGGAAGCCUGACCUUUUCUUCGCUAACGAGAAGGGGGCUAACUUUCACGAGGUCACCACCGACAACAAACUGCUGCGGAUCUUCCAAGAUGGGAGUGUACUGUAUAGCAUCAGGCUGACUCUCAUCCUGUCCUGCCCUAUGGACUUGAAGAAUUUCCCCAUGGAUAUUCAGACCUGUACCAUGCAGCUUGAAAGCUUUGGGUAUACCAUGAAUGAUCUGAUCUUCGAGUGGUUGGCCGAGAACCCGGUGCAGGUGGCUGAUGAUCUGACGCUCCCACAGUUUGUGCUGAAAGAUGAGCAGGAUCUAGGCUACUGCACCAAGCACUACAACACAGGUAAAUUCACCUGCAUCGAGGUUAAGUUCCACCUGGAGAGACAGAUGGGCUAUUACCUGAUCCAGAUGUACAUCCCCAGCCUGCUCAUUGUCAUCCUGUCCUGGGUCUCCUUCUGGAUCAACAUGGAUGCUGCACCGGCUAGAGUGGGCCUAGGCAUCACCACCGUGCUCACUAUGACCACCCAGAGCUCCGGGUCCCGGGCCUCUCUACCCAAGGUGUCCUACGUGAAGGCCAUUGACAUCUGGAUGGCCGUGUGCUUGCUGUUCGUGUUCGCCGCACUGCUCGAGUACGCAGCAGUCAACUUUGUCUCACGGCAACAUAAGGAGUUCAUCAGACUGAGGAAGAAGCAGCGGCGGCAGAGAAUAGAAGAAGAACUGGCGAGAGACAGCCGUGGGUUUUACUUCCGCGGCUACGGACUGGGUCACUGCCUACAGACCAAGGACGGAACAACUGUGGAGGGGGCAACGGUCUUCACCCCGCCACCCCCAGCGGUGUCCACUGUUUAUGAUGGCGAAGCGGUCCGCAAGCGCUUCGUGGACCGGGCCAAGCGCAUCGACACGAUAUCCAGGGCCGUCUUCCCUCUGAGCUUCCUCUUCUUCAACAUUUUCUACUGGAUCACCUACAAAGUGCUGCGACACGAAGACAUCCAUGCAAACUUGUAA